AUGUUUGGCUCCUUUCUGUUCUCCCUCACCAUCGUCCAGCUAGUCCCUCCGUUUCAGUUUGUCGUCAUCGACGUGUCCUGCCACUGCCAGGAAUCCCAGGAUGCUAUCAACCGCGGCUUUGUGGUAGAUUCCAUUUGCCUAUACAUGAUCGCUGGCGUGGCCAUGAUGCGCUACACCUACGUCUACCUCCCUGAUCGUGUAACCAAGAUAUGGAUAUGCUUCCUCACUGCAGUCCUCACUUACGUCGGUGAUAUUUUGGACAAGGAACAAGACCUGAUGCGCUGCCGCUAUCAGGCUUGGCGUGCAUACGAACUCUUCAUAUUCCCUUCCACGCUCCCUCUCCAGGAAUACAUUCAAUCUAUGCCAGAUAUCGUCAUCGUCAUAAACCACGCAAUGGUUCCAUACUGUCUUGAGGAGUACUCGGCUGACUUUCGUCCCUCCACUUUUGUUGCUUUCUCCAAUAACGUUGCGACUUCGAUUGUUUGCGUCACUAGCUUCCGCAAUUUUUCCAUGUAA